AUGCCCAUCUCGCUCCUCCUAUCGCCGUUUUCCCUACCCUCGCCGCCGCAGCCCCUCCUCCGCAAUGGAGCGCCAUGGCGGUGCCCGACGCUACUCCGUGCCGCCCUACGGCUAACGCCUCCGCAUCCGCCUCCGCUUCACCUGGGGCUCGCCGCGGCCCGUGGCGAUGGUGGGAGGCGGUUCGUCGGGACGCUGGGCUCGAAGAGAGCGCGAGCGGCUGGUGCGGUUAGGAUUUCUGCGAUGUCCGGAGACGGUGGUGGUGGUGCUGGUGGUACGGGGAUCGCGGCGGCAGCGGCCGCCACUGUGGUCUUUGCUGUGAUGAACCGGGUGCUCUACAAGCUGGCGCUUGUGCCAAUGAAGAAUUACCCCUUCUUCCUCGCCCAGUUCGCCACAUUUGGGUAUGUCCUAGUGUAUUUCUCAAUUCUCUUCAUAAGAUUUCGUGCUGGGAUUGUCACUAGAGAAAUGUUAGCACUUCCAAAGUCACAGUUCAUGCUAAUUGGUUUACUGGAAGCGCUAGGUGCUGCUUCAGGCAUGGCUGCUGCUGCUAUGUUGCCCGGGCCAUCUAUUCCAGUGUUGUCACAGUCUUUUCUGGUUUGGCAGCUUAUCUUAUCUGUCCUCAUCUUGGGAAGGAAAUAUAGAGCAAAUCAGAUCCUUGGCUGCUUGCUUGUUACAACUGGAGUAAUUCUAGCAGUGGCUGGUGGAGCCAGUGAUGGUCCGAUUCUCUCUGAAGUCAAAUUCUUUUGGCCAGCAGUAAUGAUGACUUCAGCUGCAUUUCAAGCUGCUGCUUCCAUUAUCAAGGAGUUUGCUUUCAUUGAUGGUGCAAAACGCCUUGAGGGAAAGCGGCCUGAUAUAUUUGUAGUCAACUCUUUUGGUUCAGGUUUCCAGGCUCUUUUCAUUUUCCUACUCCUUCCAUUUCUCUCUAACUUGAAAGGGAUUCCUUUUGCUCAACUCCCUGCAUACCUAAACCGUGGUGCUGCAUGCUUUCUGAAUGUUGGAGGGAAUCUGAAGGAUUGCCAUGGAGCUCCUCUGCUACCACUUCUCUACAUAACUCUGAACAUGGCCUUCAACAUUUCUGUCCUUAAUCUUGUGAAGAUGUCUACAGCAGUGGUUGCUUCACUAACAUCAACUUUAGCAGUACCUCUUUCCAUCUAUAUCCUGUCGCUGCCUCUGCCAUAUCUACCCGAAGGAACAAAUUUGAGCACAUGUUUUUUGAUUGGUGUUGCUACCUUAGUGCUCGGACUGCUUCUGUACAAUCUUCCUCAAAAAUCAGCCAAUCAAGUGAAGUUUGGGGGCAAUAAUUUGAGAAGAGGUGCUGGUCGAGGGAGUGGCCCUAGAGGAGGCUUUGGGAAUCGUGGAAGGGGAAGAGGUAGAGGUACAUGCCCAAAUGCUAAUGAAGGAGAUGACUUGGAUAUCUAUGAAGAACAGAAUAAUGAUCUCCUGUUGCUGGGAGCUUCAAAUACAGUGGAGGUUGAAAAUAACUCGAAAAAAGUUCAGGAGAGGAAAAGACAAACAAAUGAGGAGGUGAAUGAAGGGGUGGCAAAGUAA